AAAAAGGGCCGGUGGGAUGAAUGAGUUGUGCUCGGGACCGAGCCAACCUGAAUUUCUCCUUGUUUAGCCGCCGCCUCCCCUCAUGACAUCAACACUGCGGAGAGCCGCCGCGCGCUCAGACUCUGCUGCAGAGUGCAGAACGCCAGUGCGCAAAGCGGAUCGUGUGGUAUUGAUGAGUGAUUGGUGAUCUAUCAGGAUGUCGCUGUACGCGUCUCAGAUUAAAGCUUUUAAACGCGCAGAACCCAAGACACUUGGCGCUAUUGAGAUCAUAAUUGGAGUGUUGACUGUCAUUUUGAGCUCAGUUGUGUAUAAGCUGCACUAUCAUAUCCAGCGGGAAAUCAUCAUCCUCAUCAUCAAUGGUGCUCAGCUUGUCAUAACUGGUGUUGUCCUGGUGCACACCGGGAGGAAGCCAACUAAAUGCCUGGUGCUGACAACCAUUGUUCUGCAGUUACUAACAGCAGCAUUUGAUAUUGUUGGAUUUGGGCUCAUGGCCAGACACAUCCCAUUCAGAGGAGAGUCGUACUACUACAGGGACACAGAGUGGUGUUGUGACCCACUUCACUCUGUUUGGGCUUGCUGUGGAGAAGGAGAGAAAGGGGGACAUAAAGAGUUCUUAGUGAAUGGGAUCUUGGGAACACUGAUCGGUUUCCUGGUGCUAGCAUGUAUCAUUGGUUUGGUUGUGUCUCUUUUUGGCGUCUACGCCCUUUCUGUUAGUGCCAUUAAGGAGCUGACGCCCAUCCCUCACUCUACAGCAAAUCAAUAUUAUGGUGCUGGCGUUCAGGCCCAGAAUAUGAUCCAUGCUGGAAACUGACAAAAUAAAAGAUGUUCAGUGCAGAAGGGCACAGUUUUAGCACACUUUUACACCAACUGCUAACUACAAACUACAAACCACUCACAGGUAAACAACCACAACUACAGAAAAAAAAGAGAAAAAAACUUUUGUGAAGUUGUAAAUAACUUUUUGAAAAUAAAAUGGAUAAAAUCUUGUUUUUUGCUUGGCUGUUGCUCUCACUAGGACUGCUGUAAUUUUGAAUGCUCAACUUAAUAGUUAUUCGUACCUCAUUAAUUUUUGCUCUUACAAACUGAAGCUUCUUAGCAUGUAAGUCUAAUUAAAUGUCUACCCAGAAAUCUUGACCAGAAUCCAAUGUUAUAGAUGUAUGUUAGAGAGGGGUAAAUGUGUUUAUCAUUCUUAGGAUAUGUGAAAUUCAGCAUUAGGUACAUAAAAGAAACGGAAAAGGAAUUAUGGGGAAUGGGAACGGUAAGAAGGUUCUGUGAUUCUGACUUUUGUAGAAUUUUGUACCACCUUUUGCAUGAAACUUUAUAUUGGUCAACAUGUUUGUUUUAGCCACAUGAGGACAUAUGGGCAACAUUUUGUCAAGUUGAUAUUUGUUCAUUUGAAUUGCAAUUUGAAACCGUAAAAAUCUAACAACAUUGUAAGUAGGCCAAAUGAUAUAUAUAUAUAUAUAUAUAUAUAUAUAUAUAUAUAUAUAUAUAUAUAUAUAUAUAUAUAUAUAUAUAUAUAUGCUUACAAAAAAAAAAAUAUCCUGGCUUGAUAAAUGUGGCCCAUGUUCAGUGAAACUCCUCUAAAGCAGAGUAAUGAGAAUUUAAACACCAGUGAAUAAUUAAACAGCAUCGCUUGGCUUUUUUGUCAUCUCGUUUUAUCCGUACUGAUUCUUCAGGAAAGCUAUGAUGACUGCCAACUCUGUAAGUGCCACCACUUGUGACCAAAAUCAUGGACACCCUAAUGACUAAAGGUCAGAGGUUGAACCCUCAGUCAAGGGCUCGACUUUGGUGAUGUAAAAUCCUCUUGUGGAAGCAUGUGUCGUUCGUUCUGUGUCUGUAGAUCUUUGUCUUUAUGACAGCAUGUGAGAUUUACAUUGUGCCUGUUCUCAGUGAUCUCUUGAUGUGUAGUAAAAUGAAACCAUGUAGUAUGUAGUAAUAUGGCUGUGUUUGUGUUUGUAUUUGACUGAAUGAUAUUUCAAAUAAACUUGAUUUAAUACACAA